AUGCAAGAGAAUUCAGGAGGCAAUGCUUGGUUUUUUAUACCUGCAGCUUCAAGCCAAAAAAUUGACCCAAUUGGGAAUCCUCUGUGUGGAGUGGGAUCAGAUAUUAUCAAAGGUGAAGUAAGUGCUUAUGGAGAGAGGAUCGUAGGGUUGGGUUCUGCAUAUAUCCAGAGCAAUAUCCGCGGAUAUUUUUGCAACCCCCAAUACUAUUUUCAAGUGAAUGAUCAAUACGUGAAGAACAAAUUGAAGGUGAUAUUGUUCCCAUUUCUGCACAAGGGACAUUGGAUGAGAACAACAGAGCUGGUUGGGCUUGAAUUCUCAUACAAACCUCCAGUUUAUGAUAUUAAUGCACCUGAUCUGUACAUCCCAAUGAUGGCAUUUGUCACCUAUUUGCUUCUUGCUGAGCUGAAAGUUUGCUCAAAGCUUGUCACAUUUUACAGGUUCAGCCCAGAAGCUCUGGGUGUGCAGUUUAGUACUGGACUACUAUGUGGGCUACUACAAGUACUCCUUCUUGAGGCCAUAUUACACUCCCUUGGAGGUGGAGAUAUACCACUGCUUGACAUGGUCUCCUAUGGUGGAUACACUUUUGUAGCAGCUUCCAUCAUUGUGCUUGCUAGGAUUAUAUGGAAUUACUCUUUCUGUGUAGUCACUGUGUGGGAAUGUUUUUGUCUGGCAGUGUUCUUGGUAAAGACAAUGAAGAGGAUUUUGAUUGCUGAGGUGAGAAGUUUUGAGAAUAAUCGGACCAAGAGGAAUUACCUCUUGCUUCUAAUGGCAGUUUCUCAGAUUCCUUUGCUGUUUUGGCUUGGGAGUGUGGGUGUUUAG